UAUAGGUUAUCGAAAUGUUUUUUCUCUGCUUUGGUUUGGUAUAGACUCAUGAGGUCUUGGAUAUGGAAGAUGCACUAGAAUUAGAGAAAGGCCUAAAGCCAAGAGGUUUAUGUGGUUUGUCAAACCUUGGAAAUACAUGUUACAUGAAUGCUGCUCUUCAGGCUCUAUCAAACUGUCCACCCCUUACUCAAUAUUUCUUGGAAUGUGGAAGCUUUGCAAAAGAAACAAAGAACUCUUCUGUCAGCAGAAAUUUUUCAAUACUAGUCAAUGAGAUAUGGUCAAGGAAAAGACCAAAGUAUGUUGUGCCAUCUCAGCUGCUUCGUAGUGUUCGGCAGAUCAACUCUCAGUUCAGAGGUUAUGGGCAGCAGGAUGCUCAGGAAUUCCUACGCUGUAUCAUGGAUCAGUUACAUGAGGAGAUAAGGCAACCUGUGCUGUCACUUACAACUGAUCCAGAGUCCUCUGACAGUGACGAUGAAGAACCAAACCAUCAGAAUAAGAGACUGUUAGGGGGAACAAGCCUGUCUCAUACUGAAAACCUUCAAGAUGAUGAUGGUGAUGUGGAUAUGUAUUCAGAAAGUGGUGAUGAUGCCAUGGAUGCUAAACCACUACAUGUUAACACAGCAGAAGAGCAGACAGACCAGGAUAAGGAGACUGAUGGAGCCUCGAAAUCCAAACGCAGGAAGACCAGCACAGAUCCUGUGGAUGAUAAUGAAGUGAAAUUGUCUGUCGAGGGUGAGCCAAUGAGUGAUGAUGAAACAGAGCAUCAUGAUCAAGUUGAUGAAAACAUGGACAAUGAGGAUGUUGCAUUAAUCAAAGAGGAAAAGCCAAUGGAUUCAGACACAAUGGAACACACCAGGCAGCCAUCUGAUCAGGAAAGAACCAAAAGGGAGCAAAUAGCUGAAAAAAGGAAGAAAAGGAUGAAAGUACCAUUGAACUACAGCAGUAUAGUCACUGACUUAUUUGAUGGAACAAUACAGAGUUCAGUGCAAUGUUUAACCUGCCACAGGGUUUCAUCAAGGGCAGAAACAUUUCAAGAUGUCUCUCUACCAAUUCCAGGCAAAGAUGAGCUGACAGUUCUUCACGCCUCACAGUGCACGCCGUUAGCAUCAUGUUCAUCUGUUAUGGACAGAGAUCAGGAUAAAAGCUGGAUGUCAACAAUACUUGAAUGGCUAAGAAGCUGGUUUUUAGGUCCACAAGUCACACUUUCAGACUGCUUGUCAGCUUUUUUUUCAGCGGAUGAAUUGAAAGGAGACAACAUGUACAGCUGUGAAAAGUGCAAAAAGCUAAGAAAUGGUGUCAAACUUUGUAAAGUAAUGCGCCUCCCUGAGGUUUUGUGCAUUCAUCUGAAGCGUUUCAAGCAUGAGAUGUACUUCUCUUCAAAAAUAAAUCACUUCAUUUCAUUUCCAUUGACUGGUUUGGACAUGAAACCAUUCUUGGUUAAAGAUUUUCACAAACAGGAUCCAACCCAGAAGUGUACUACAUAUGAUCUUGUUGCCAUUAUCACACAUCAUGGUAAUGUUGGAGCUGGACACUAUGUAACCUUUGCCAAGAACUAUAUCAAUGGUAAAUGGUAUGAGUUCAAUGACUCCUGGGUCAGCGAAGUUUCUGACUCAUUUGUGGCUGAUGUGGAAGCCUAUGUACUGUUUUACAGGAAAUCAAGUGACGAAGCCACCAGAGAACGACAGACUUUCUUCAAUUUACUGAAAGAUGCUCAGACCCAUGAAUCCAGGUAUUUUGUUUCCAAGAAAUGGUUGACGAAGUUUCAGUCUUGUAUGGAACCAGGUCCGAUCACAAACUCUGAUUUUUUGUGUCGCCAUGGAGCUGUGCAUCCACUGAAAUUUGAGAAAAUUCACGAGAUCACAGUUCCCCUUCCCCAAUCUGUAUGGGUCCAUCUUCUUAACCGGUUUGGUGGAGGUCCCCCAGCUACAACACUUAACAUCUGCAGACACUGCAAGAGAGCUCUAGAUGAACUUGAAAGAAGAAGACAAAGAGAAAUGGAAACAUUCAAGAGGUUGAACCAUGACUAUCCAGCCAACGAAAAUGUGGAUGUGUAUUUUAUCAGUUUGCGUUGGUUUAAACUAUGGGAAGUGUUUGUAAAAGGACAGGAAGAUGAUCCUCCAGGCCCUAUAGACAACAGCAAUAUAAUUGUGUUAAAGGGAAACACAAAAGUACUCAGAGCAAGCUCCGAAUAUGGGCAGCUGUCACGAGAGACAUGGACAUUUUUACAUGAUAUUUAUGAUGGAGGUCCUGUGUUCUUUUAUGAGGAAGAAAAAGAUAAUGAAGAAGAAAAACAAGACCCUCGGGAUGAGGAGGAAGACAUACAACAAGAAUAAAACAGUUGAUGGGUCCUGUAUGCAUUGACUGCCAGGCAUUAAAGACUUUUGGAAUGCAAAAUCCUUUGAGAUUUUUAUUCUCUGCCAGCCUAUAUUAACUCAGACUAUGUCCUGUUGUUAUGAAUAGUGUCCCUAGCCUGUUAUUUUGUCCCUAUGAUUAGCCAGUACAUUGAAUUUACCCAAACAACAUAGUUUCAACCAGCAUCAGAUUAUUUUCUAAUGAUCCAAAAGUAUUCCUAAUACCCUUAUACCUAAUACCCUAUUCACACCAAAGCUAAAACAUGUUUUAAAGCUGUUUUGUUAAACAAGGUUUCAAAUUAUUUUCUUCUUAAAUUUUCAAUUUAGGACAUUGAUUAAAAACACAGUCAGUGAUUCAUUGAAACCUUGGAAAAUUAACUUGAACAGCUCUCUUUUUCCGAUUUUCAUUCACUUAAACCCUUUUUAAAUAAACAUAUUUUGGUGGUGUGAGUGGGGUAUCAGUCAUCUAUUCAGUGGUGUGAGUGGGGUAUCAGUCAUCCAUUGAUUAAGUUCCAUUCAGUUCCUGAAUGGAACUUAAUCAAACAGAGUUAAUGAAGGAGAGACUGCUCAUUAAAGAAAGUUCAAUAACCAUUUAAUUAAUGUUUGAUUAAGCUUGAGCAAGAGAGGAACUAUGUGAACUACAGACUAAUUAUCCGACAAAGCUGAAUUUCUAAGUAGGGCUGAGUAAUAAGGAUGUAUUGUGAAAAAAAAUUUGAUGCAGCAGAUUUGUAUUUGAAAAAGUCAUCAAUGAAGGUAAAAGAAAUUAGAAGCAAGUAAAAAAUGUUAAAAGAUUUUAUUCAAAAUGGAAUACACAACUUGCAUUUAAAUUCACUCAUACUAAAAUUAUCUUUUGUUGUGUCUGUCUAAGGGCACCUUUGAGAUUCCCAUUCACAUUUUUCAUAAAUGUCAUGAAUUUUCAUAAAUAUUUGUCUUAAGAUAAAAGUGCCAGUUAAGACUUUUCACUGAUAUGACGAUAUGCCCUUUACAUUCAUUGAGGCAUCUUCUGGAAAUUCUUGAGCAAUUAGAAGGGGUGGUUUGAAAGGCUGUCUUCCUAUUUUCCUUUGUGCAACAUAUUCUAUGGAAAAUGUGAUGAAAGGGUGUUGAAUUUGGUUCUGUUUUUCAGCCAUCAAACCAAAAGACACAGAAAUAACAUGCUAUAAUAUGCACUCCCUACCAACCUCUCAACAGGCUGCCUCUCUCCAGUUAAACACUCUGAAACAAAGAGAGCAUGGCAGAAUGACAUUGUUGAUCAGUAAUGAUGGGAUGCAAAUGUUCACUACAGUAUAAAUGGUAUUAAUUUUUGCCAGGUAUCAUUUUGGGUGCACCUACAAAAAAGUGUAUUUGAAAGUC